GACGACGGACAGACUGUUGGAAAAUAGGAUGGGCGCUGGGGGGCGGUGUGGGAAGGAAGACGGGGUGCAGCGAGGAUGGGGGUGCUGGCUGGAAGAGGGGCUGCGCCUCCGAGAAGCCUGCCUUUGUCCCCUCCCCUCCCGUCUCCCGGGGGAAGAGCGUCCGCGUCUGCCCGCCCCCAAGGCUAGGGCGGAGGCCCCACGCAAAGCCCCGGCACCGCGGCUCCUCACUCGCUGCGGAGUCUCCACCACAAGCCCCUCCUUUCCUGAUCAGCCGCGGUCCUUGGAGCGGCCACUUAGCCCGGGUUCCGACCGAGGCCCGAGGCUGGUUUUGCUCCCGAAGAUGAACUGGACGGCCGCCACGUGCUGGGCUCUGCUGCUGGCCGCCGCCUUCCUCUGCGACAGCGUCGCGGCCAAGGGCGGCAGGGGUGGGGCUCGCGGCAGCGCCCGGGGAGCCCUGCGCGGGGGUGCGCGCGGGGCCCCGAGGGUGCGAGUGAGGCCGGCUCCCCGCUAUGCCGGCUCCUCCCUGCGCGUGGCCGCGGGGGCGGCUGCGGGGGCGGCCGCGGGGGCGGCCGCAGGCCUGGCUGCGGGCUCGAGCUGGAGGAGGGCCUCGGCGCCUGGGGAGCGUGGCCUGGAGGACGACGAGGACGGGGCACCCGGUGGCAACGGAACGGGUGGAGGCAUCUACAGCUACCGGGCGUGGACUUCGGGCACCGGGCGCACGUGCGGCGCCCGCGUCUGCCUACUGCUGGGUGGUGCCCUUGGCGCCCUGGGGCUGCUACGGCCCUAGGCCCAGCUGGGGCCGGCUGGGACCCAGGGCAGAUCUGCCGCCCAGCCCACGCCCUCCUGGCAGCCCCUGAGGUCCACCGCAAAGGC